AUGAAGUCACAGGGCAAUACAGCUCAGUCUAUCAGUGCAGAUGAGAUCGCCUUGUAUGAUCGUCAGAUCCGUCUUUGGGGCGUGAAAGCCCAGGAAAAGUUGCGAUCAGCGAAUAUACUUCUAAUUACCUUUAAGGCAUUGGCGAAUGAAGUUGCUAAGAACCUCGUUCUCGCUGGUAUCGGCACACUGACAAUUGUUGACCAUGAGACCGCCAAGGAGGAAGAUUUGAGCGCCCAAUUUUUUGUCAUGGAAGAACAUAUAGGGCAGAAUCGCGCGCAAGCGGCAGCCCCGUCAAUUCAUGCAAUGAACCCAAGAGUUCAGCUUUGUAUCGAUACAGAUGACAUACAGACGAAGCAACCCGACUUCUUUGCACAAUUCGAUGUCGUCAUUGCAACAGAGCUGGACUUCGCAAUGUACACUACCAUAAAUGCCGCAUGCCGCAUCGCAAACCGUCCAUUCUACGCAGCAGGGUUGCACGGGUUCUACGGGUUCGUAUUCGCAGAUCUAAUUUCACACGAUUUUGUUAUCGAACGAUCCAAGUCAAAUGUCCCUUCAGCUACCCAAGAGACUCCAACGCGAAGCAUAGUUGGUAUUACGACGAAGAAGGAAAACGAUAAAGUUAUCGAGAUGGUUACCAAGCGAGAGACAUACUCGCCUCUGAUUUUGGCAAACACAUCUCCCCUCCCGGAAGACUUCACUCGUCUGCCACGGAAACGGCGACAGGUCACGCCACUCCUCACUUGUCUCCGAGCGCUGUGGGAGUUCCAAAAGCUAUCCGGAGGUUGUAUGCCAACUUUCUCUCGUCAAGACCUAGAGCUCUUCACUAAACUCGCCCGUGACGGCCAUCAAGAAUUGAAAUUGGAUAUCAGCACCCUCGACUCGGAGUUCUUGCGCACCUUUUUGCAGAAUCUCGGAAGUGAACUAAGCCCCGUUGCCGCCGUUGUCGGUGGUAGGUUAGCCCAGGACGUGAUUAAUGUAUUGAGCGUCAGAGAGCAACCUAUACAGAACCUCUUGCUCUUUGACGGCGAAAAAUCUCUCGCUCCUAUCUACCCCCUGCACCCAUUCUUUCCUCCAGAAGUCGAGAAUGUCAUGCCCGCCAUUCCUCCUGCCGCGAAUCCGAUCCCUUUGAACGGCAAUCUUACAAUGCAACAACAAAUGAUUCCUCCCUCAGGAGCAAACAUCUGA